AUGGCCACCUCCCACCCCAUCAAGAUCUUCGCCACCGGCCUGACAGGCUACAUCGGCGGCGACGCCCUCUACGCCCUCAACCAAACCCACCCAGAGUACGAAAUCACCGCCCUAGUCCGCAACACAGACAAAGGCGCCAAGAUCGCCCAGCAGUACCCGAAAGUCAAGCUCGUGUACGGGGAUCUGGAUAGCGAGGAUGUGCUUGAGGCGGAGGCGGGGAAGGCGGAUGUUGUUUGUCAUUUCGCCCACGCCGACCACGAGCCCUCGAUCCAAGCCAUCGUGCGCGGCCUCUCAGCCAAAGCCUCCAAGAACAAACCCCGUUUCCUGAUCCACACAUCCGGCACGGGGAUCCUGCUCUUCGAAGACCUGCGCGCCAGAACUUUCGGGGAGGCGUUCCGGGAGAAAGUCUACGAUGACCUCGAGGGUGUGAAGGAAGUCACGUCCCUCCCCGACGACGCCAUCCACCGCAACGUCGACAAGAUCGUCCUGGAAGCCGGCACGCAACACGCCGACAGGAUCAAGACGGCCAUCGUGUGUCCGCCGACGAUCUAUGGGAUUGGGAGGGGCCCGGAUAAUCAGCGCUCGAUGCAGUUGCCUCAGCUCUGCGCGUCGACGAUUGAACUGGGUUACGCGCCUAGAGUCAAUGCAGGCAAGACGUACUGGGGCAAUGUGCACGUGCAGGAUCUUUCGGAUUUGUACGUGAAGUUGAUCGAGCAGGCUGCAGCGGGAGGUGCGACGGCGGACUGGUCUGGGAAACCGCCUAUCUGGGGCGCGGAGGGGUAUUACUUUUGUGAGAAUGGGGAGCACGUCUGGGGCGAGGUUUCGCAGUGGGUGGCGGAUGAGGCGAAGAAGCAGGGGUUGAUUGAGACGGAUGAGGUGAGGUCUUUGAGUACGGAGGAGGUGGCGAAGAUCUCCCCGUAUGGGCCUGGGCUUUGGGGAGCGAAUAGUCGGGCGAGGGCGAAGAGGGCGAGGAAGAUUCUGGGGUGGGAGGCGAAGGGGAGGAGUUUGAGGGAUGAGGUGAAGGGUACGUUGGAGUUUGAGGCGAGGAAGUUGGGGAAGACUAAGGGGCAUGCUGCUGUUGCUGCUGGGGAGACGUGA